GCCGGCGCAGCGUGAUGCCCGAGCUGAAGAAGUGGGACGUGUUCCGCGUCAUCCCGCCCGACAACGACUCCGGCUCGGCCGCCGACCAGCGCUGCCUCGACAUCACCAUCAAGAUUGUCAAGGUCAUCGUCUACAUCAUCACCUUCGGCAUCGUGCUGGCGUCCGGCGUCAUCGCCAAGGGCACCACGCUCUUCAUGACUUCGCAGCUCAAACAGCACAAGUCGCUGGAGUACUGCAACAAACGGAUAGGUCUGGACAAGACGUGGCGGGUGGAGCUGCCCGACGUCGAGAAGGUGGCCUGGGUAUGGUGCCUCUUCUUCUGCUUCAUCACCCCCGAGGCCGGCACCUGGAUACGGUCCACCCGGAUGUGCAUCUUCAAGUCGAUCCGGCGUCCCGAGUUCAGCCACUUCCUGGUCGUCGUGCUGUUCGAGACGUUGCAUACGAUCGGUCUGGCGCUGCUCGUCUUCUUCGUGCUGCCGGACCUCGAUGCCGUCAAGGGCGUCAUGCUCACCAACUGCGUCUGCAUCGUGCCUGGGGUGCUCGGCAUGCUGUCGCGCACCAACCGGGAGUCGAGGCGAUUCCUGAAGACGGUGUGCGACAUCGCAGCCAUCCUGGGCCAGGCCACCGGCUUCAUUGUCUGGCCCAUCAUUGAGUACCAGAAGGGCAACACCAAGGCGUGCUGGGCCAUUCCGCUGGCCGUCGUGCUGACAUCUCUCGGAUGGUGGGAGAACUACGUGGAUCGGAAGUCAAAAAUCGGUAUUGUUCAGUACCUGGGAACAAUCAAGGAGAAAAUGAAGAAGACGCGCUAUUGGGUAUACUUGUUCGCAUCACUUUGGAAGAUACUAGUAUUCUUCGCGUGCAUGCUGUUCUUCAUGUUCCUCCGUCUGGACAACGUAGGAGAUUUAUUUACCAAGUUUACAGAUAGCUUCAACCAACACAAGAUAUUUGUCAACGAGACUUCUCGCGCCCUGCUCGGCACGGCUACGGACACUGCCGACUUCGCCAAGCUUUUCACGGAUACCAAGACCAUCUUCUCGGAUGGCAACACCGCCAUCUACGUGUGCUUGAUACAGAUAUUUGCAGCCUACUCCGCAUACAUAUUUGGCAAGUUUGCGUGCAAGAUCUGCAUCCAGGGCUUCAGCUUCGCGUUCCCGGUGAACCUGACGAUCCCGGUGACUCUGUCGCUGCUGCUGAUGGGCUGCGGCCUUCGCUCCGGUGACGCCUGCUUCCUGCGCGACACCAUCCCCGGCUACCUCUUCUUCGAGUGUCCGCGCGGCGACUACAUCAAGGACUUCAUUGCUGGCGAGCACGUCUGGAUCUGGGUGCUGUGGCUGUUCUCCCAGACGUGGAUCACGCUGCACAUCUGGACGCCGCACUGCGAGCGGCUGGCCACCACCGAGAAGCUGUUCGUCACGCCCAUGUACAACUCGCUGCUGAUCGACCAGUCGCUGGGCAUGAACCGGCGCCAGGACGACGCGCCUGAGCGCCUGGAGUCGGACUCGCGCGCGGCCGACCCGGACGACCCGGACGGCACGCAGCACUACGAGACCAUCAGCAUCCACACCGACUCGUCGCAGACGGCCAACGUGCGCGCCACUGACCACAUUACGCGCAUCAUCGCCUGCGCCACCAUGUGGCACGAGACGCGCGACGAGAUGAUGGACAUGCUCAAGUCGGUGCUGCGCAUGGACGAAGAUCAGUCGGCCAUGAAGGUGGCACAGGAGUACCUCAAGGUGCGCGACAAGGACUACUACGAGUUCGAGACGCACAUCUUCUUCGACGACGCCUUCGAGAUGUCGGACGAGGACGAGGACGAGCAGGUGGCCAACCGAUUCGUCCGCAUGCUGGUGGAGUGUAUCGACGAGGCGGCGUCGCACGUGCACCAGAUCCCGAUCCGGCUGCGGCCGCCCACCAAGAUUCCGACGCCGUACGGCGGUCGGCUCACCUGGACGCUGCCCGGCAAGACGAAGCUGAUCGCGCACCUGAAGAACAAGAUGCUGAUCCGGCACCGCAAGCGCUGGAGCCAGGUGAUGUACAUGUACUACCUGCUCGGCUACCGGCUGAUGGAGCUGGACAUCUCGGUGGAGCGCAAGGAGAUCAUGGCCGACAACACCUACCUGCUGACGCUGGACGGCGACAUCGACUUCCAGCCGUCCGCCGUCAAGCUGCUGGUCGAUCUGAUGAAGAAGAACCGCAACCUGGGCGCCGCGUGUGGCCGCAUCCACCCGGUGGGCUCGGGCCCGAUGGUGUGGUACCAGCUGUUCGAGUACGCCAUCGGCCAUUGGCUGCAGAAGGCCACCGAGCACAUGAUCGGCUGCGUGCUCUGCAGUCCCGGCUGCUUCUCGCUUUUCCGCGCCAAGGGCCUGAUGGACGACAACGUGAUGAAGAAGUACACGCUGACGUCGCACCAGGCACGGCACUACGUGCAGUACGAUCAGGGCGAAGACCGCUGGCUGUGCACCCUCCUACUGCAGAGAGGCUACCGGGUGGACUAUUCGGCCGCCUCCGACGCCUACACCCACUGUCCGGAGGGCUUCAGCGAGUUCUACAACCAGCGCCGCCGCUGGGUGCCCUCCACGAUCGCCAACAUCAUGGACCUGCUCAUGGACUACAGAAACACCAUCAAGAUCAACGACAACAUCUCCAUGCCGUACAUCAUGUACCAGUCAUUCCUGAUGGCAGGCACCAUUCUGGGGCCGGGAACAAUCUUCCUCAUGUUGGUGGGAGCGUUCGUGGCAGCCUUCCGCAUCGACAACUGGACAUCGUUCCAGUACAACAUUUACCCCAUUUUGGUGUUCAUGCUGGUCUGCUUCACCAUGAAGUCCAACAUCCAGCUGCUGGUGGCCCAGAUCCUGUCUGCGGCGUAUGCCCUUAUCAUGAUGGCUGUGAUAGUGGGCACGACGCUCCAGCUGUACGAGGACGGGCCUGGAUCGCCUUCCUUCAUCUUCCUCAUCGCCACUAUCCUGUCCAUGGUCAUAGCGGCCGUCCUCCAUCCGCAGGAGUUCAAGUGCAUUUUCCCUGGCUUCAUCUACCUGCUCUCCAUCCCGUCCAUGUACCUGCUGCUGAUCCUGUACUCCCUAACUAACCUAAACAACGUCACAUGGGGUACUCGUGAGGUCCUCGCCAAGAAGACCAAGAAGGAGCUGGAGGAGGAAAGAAAGGCUUUGGAGGAGGCCAAGAAGCGCCCGGACGGCAUCCUCGGCUACCUCUACAGCACGAAAUCCGCAGACCAGGACGGGUCGAUCGAGUUCAACUUUGCCAACCUGUUCCGCAUCAUGUGCUGCACCUACCCGAAGCAGAUUGAUGAGCGCGAGCAGCUGAAACGCAUCGCUGACUCGCUGGACGCGCUCAACCGGCGCAUGGACCUGGUGGAGGGGGGCCACCACCACGGGCGACGAUGCAGCUUCAGCCGCAGCUCGAAUCAUGGAGGCCUCAUCAGCACCGUCAAGGAGGACCGCUCUGCCUGCUCCGACACAGGCGACACCAACAGCGACACGUCAGAACCGAGGGAGAAGCGAGAUCAGCUGAAGAACCCACUUUGGAUCGAGGACAAGGCGCUACGAAAGGGCAAGGUGGAGUACCUGCCGCCGAACGAGAUCCAGUUUUGGCAGGACUUGAUCUCCCAGUACCUCUGGCCUCUGGACGAGAACCAGGAGGAGAAGAAACGAAUCGCUCAGGAGCUGGCCGAACUGAGAAACCAGUCCGUCUUUAUCUUCUUCAUGUGCAACGCGCUGUUCAUCCUGAUCGUGUUCCUACUGCAGCUGAACAAGGAUAACAUCCACGUGGACUGGCCGCUGGGCGUGAAGUACAACAUCACGCUGAUCGAGGAGACGGGACAGGUGCUCAUCAACAAGGAGUACCUGCAGAUGGAGCCGAUCGGUCUCGUCUUCGUCUUUUUCUUCGCCCUCAUCCUGCUCAUCCAGUUCAUCGCCAUGUUGUUCCAUCGCUUUGUGACUCUGUCUCACAUUCUAUCGUCUUGCGAGCUCACCAGCUGCUGCAAUACGGAGAACAAGGACACGCCGGAGGAGAUGCUGCGCAAGAACGCUGUAGAGAUCGUGAAGAACAUGCAGAGGCUGCGGGACGACCGCGCCGAAUCGUACGAAGGCGAGAACCGGUUGGCGCGCCGGCGCACCAUUCAGAACCUGGUGAACCAGCAGCAGAAGCGGCAGCCGAUUGGCACGCUCGACGUCGCCUUCAGAAAGCGCUUCCAGCAGCUGAGCAGCCAGACAGCCGAGGCCACACCGAUCCUGGGGAACAUGCGGAAGAUGAGUAUGCGUGCGGACGCGCUGCGAGCCCUGGAGCAGCGCAAGAACUCAGUUAUGCAGGAGCGCAGGAGAAAGCGGAUGGAGACGCUCGGUGCACACAACGACUUCAAUAAAAAGCCCCGUCACCGCAGUUCGAACGCGUCGGGCGUGAGUAGCCUGCAGGGAGCCUUUCUGCAGAGGAACGGGCACCCGGCCGCCGCCCGUCACAACGACGGCUACGAAAACAGCUCCGAGGACGAGGAGCUGGUGCUGCCGACUGAACCCUGAACGUCCGUUGGGCGCCGAAGCUGGAGCGAUAUCAGAGCUGCCAAUGAGCCCUGAGCGAACCUGAGCGAACUACGAGCGAACAAACUCUAAGCGAUGCUAGUGCUGCCAACGGACGCCUGGGCGGAGCUAGCGCCCUCACAUAAACGCUGAGCGAUGCUAGUGCCGUCAACGGGCGCCUGAGUGGAGCUGGCGCCCCCACAUAAGCCCUGAGCGAUGCUGGUGCUGCCAACGGACGUAUGAGCAAACUUGGCGCCCUCACAUAAACCCUGAGCGAUGCUGAUGCUGCCAACGAAACGCCGAGCGGAGCUGGAGCGGCCAGCCAGACUCGCGGAGAAGUCGGUACUGCCAGCCAUGCCUUGGACGGCACUGGUUCUGGCGGCGGCGUUGGAGUGAGAAUGACCGGGGAAUGACUGUCAAUCACCGAAUCGUUCUCGGUGUUUUGAAGAACACCAGCUCUGGGUCCAGGCUGUCUUGUGGAGCGCCAACCUCAACCCGACCUGUGAUAUAUCUCCUGCCUGCCGUCGUUUGCCGAUGGCCGAUGGUGCCUGUCUGAAGAAGCCUUUGCGACCUGCCGUCUUCGAAAUGGUGCUGUAGCAAGUAAAUAUCUACCAAAGAUUUGUUAGCGUUAUAAACAGACAGCGGUUUAUCCUACUUUACUGUGCAGCAAUAGUCCGUAUUUUACUAGGCUGGAAACAUGAAGAAAGCGCUUGGCUCCGACGCCCUCGUUUGACAUGUCCCGACAGCCGAUGGCGGCAGACAUUGCGCUACAGUUUCGGAAACAUGGACCAAACCUGUCGAUAAACGUGCAGAUGCCUGGAGCUUUACGUCCAGAAGGACGCGGUUUGUUCUAAUGCUCAACAGCCGUACUGAUGUCUGUUUUUAUCGUGUGAAUGUGAUUAUUUGCUGGCAGCCGGUGGUCAAGUUAUUCCGCACUAUGAAAACAUGAUUAUAAGGCAGUCUAGGAUCUGAACCAUUUUGACAGGCGACCUUUUCAACAAUGUUGAAGCUUAGGCCAACGUUGGGUCAAUGAUCUAAUGUGAAUGGUUGCUAACCAGACUGAGCUUUCAAGGAAUGUUUUUCAGCCCAGGAUUAAGCUCUCGUGCCUCUUUUGCUCGUUCGAUGUAUUCUUAUCCGUGUUUUUCCCGGUGUUCGUGCACUUCCAUUGCGAUUUGAUAAGCGAAUUGCUCAAGUGACUUAGUUUGCGUAGCCUGAGUGCAAGCGCGGCAAGUGGCCGUGAUGGGAGUGCUCUGUAGUCAUGCGUGAUUGUCGUGACUAAUCCUCCAGCAUGAACCAGCAUAGCGACCAAGUUUUUGUAAGAUUGAGGGUUUGGGCUAAUUUAUGUACUGGUGAAACCGUCGCCACCUCGUAGCGCGGGUAUUGGCUAGGUUACCACACCCGGUGCCGUGUGGCGCUCGCUUGGUGCACUCUGUUCGAAACUGUCAUCUGCCUGGCAAAGUAUCCAGCAGUCCAGGAAAGCAUAGCAAAGCCAGGAAAAAAGCAUCGUAGCGCCGUGAUCCUUUGCUACGCAGGAUCACACGCGGUGACAGAGCGAGAGUCAUGUCGUAAUUCCCAGACGCUUACCGGGCCUACAAGUGUAAAUGUAUCCCCAUGGGACUUGUCAUGGGCGCCCAACAUGUGUCUUCCAUACACGCGUGUAGGGGCAUCCGCCGUGAUGCUACCUAUCUUGCAGCUUUCGUAAAUAAUGUAGGGCUGACGAUGACUUGGCGGCUUAACUUAUUACCUGCGUGAAUGUAAGCUUUGUUUGUGUUACGGGCAGCGUAGUGCUGUCGAUCAUGCGAGGUGUACCACGUAUAUUGCGAGAAAUAUAGCAUGAACCAGGAA